AUGCAUCUCAACCUCACCGGAGAAUUGAAAAAUCUAAAUCCAAUGGCAGAUCCAAUCAUUUAUCCAUUGUUGAUAGUUGGUGUAAGAUCCACCACAAGCGGUUGGAUUCGAAAAAAUCAAGAAAAAUUUAGAAUAGCCACUAAAGAAGACGGUCGACGACUUCAACGUGAUGCCGAUCGUCGCGAACUUCCUCGCGUUGGUAGAUCGGUCAUUAUUCUACCAUCUGCGUUCGAAGGGGGUAAACGACAUCGUCAGAGACAAUAUUUAGGUGCAAUGACUGUUAUAACCAGACACGGUAAGCCUGAUCUUUUUUUCACUAUGACUUGCAAUCCGAGAUGGCCGGAAAUUGUCACAAAUUUAGGACGCGCGCAAAAAUGGGAAAAUAGACCCGAUUUGAAGAUGGGGGGCCUACCACAUGCCCGUAUUGUAGUUACUAUGCACCCGAAUGACAAGAUUAUCGACGUUCCAGCCGUAGAUCAUAUAAUUUAUGCAUAUAUUCCAGACGUUUAUACACAACCGAACGUAUAUAGAUUGGUCAAGGAUUUUCACAUACAUACACCGUGUGGAAGGCUAAAUCCUGAUGCUUUAUGUAUGCAGGAUAACAAGUGCAAAAAGUAUUAUCCAAAAGCAUAUAAAAAACAUACGACGUUACACGCAGGAAAUAACAAACGGCCAGAGUACAAACGACCAAACGAUGGACGGACGAUCUAUUUGAAAGAAUAUCUCCAGCACACUCCAAAUAGACGUAUAUUACCGUACAAUCCGUAUCUCUUAGCGAAGUUCCAUUCCCACAUUAAUGUCAGGGUGGUCGGUUCUCUCUAUAUUAUGAAAUAUUUACACAAGUAUAUAAACAAGAAAGACGAUGCCAUUACUUUGUAUGUGGGAGAAGAUAAUACAGCACGUGCUGGCAGAAGAUCACAACUGACGAGAACACCAACGGCCACUAACGACAACGAACGACGAGAAGAAGAAACAGAACAAGUAAUGGUCGAUGAAAUCCGCCAUUAUCAAGAUUUUAGUAUUGCCUGUGCACCUACAGGAAGAACGCACUCUGGUACUCUGGUAUAUAAAGAAUUUGAUGAUUUUGAUAACAUCCAAAGACGUCUGGAGAAUCGAUCAAAAUUAGAAGCUUUUUUUAAGCUGAAUAGAGAAGACCAAGAGGCAAGACGGUAUUUGUAUGUGGAAAUACCAGAACACUAUACUUGGGAUAAUAAAAACGCAGAAUGGAAGAGACGAAGGCAAGUUAGUAAACAAUUAGGAUGCAUGGUCGAGAUAAAACCAUCGUCUGACGACCAAAUAAAAAUGUACUUUCUACAAGGUUUAACUGCAGCAGAAGCAGAAAGAAAAGCUUACGAAUACGUUGAGGAGAUCGUAAGAAGAAAUAGACCACACUUAAGCUUGCAAGCAAUUGGAAUUACACUUAACGAAGAACGAGACAAAGAAAACGACGAAGAACAGGACGAUGAAGAUCAAGACAGAAGACGAAGAAAAGACAAUAACAAAAAUUCAAAUUACGACGAUGAUUUGUCGAUCUUUGAAAGACAAAGGCGACAUCAACAAAUAAACAACGAAGACGAAAUGUACAGCCCGAUACAUUUAAAUCCGGAUCGGAAGAGACUAUUCCUCGGAAUAAUGAAAACUAUCACGAAACAACAUCAUUUGAACAUACCGCUCGACGUAUUAGCUAACAUCAGCGACGUCGUGUCUAUCGAUGAUAUUCAAGAGGAAAUAGAUCCCAAUGAAAAUCUAUUUUACAUUGAUGGUCCUGGAGGACCAGGCAAGACUCACCUAUACAACACAAUAAUAACAUGCAUAAAAGAACAUUUCCACAAAACGUGCAUAGCAGUUGCGUGGACUGGAAUUGCUGCGAAUCUACUAAUUGACGGGACGACAGUUCAUCGAGCAUUUAAACUUCCGUUAGAUCUUACGGAAGCCCGGUUGGGCUGUAGAAACAAAUGA